GGGCCGGGGCACUCGGGGCUUCCUGCCCUCAGAACUGUGCCCUGGGUGUGCACGUGGGGCCGAGGGUCCCCUGGCCUGGGCGAGGGUGCAGGGACCCGAAACUGGGUGACUCUUCCCGGUCCCGGUGUGGCUGUCCUGUAACCAUGACGACUGCGGGCUUUGGCACGUGGAUGUGGAUGCAGAGCCUGAAGGCAGGGAUUGGGCAGGUGGUGCAGGGUGAGGGGCCCCUGGGGACGGACCUGCUGGGAGCUGCAGCUGCCCCGAGCUGGGCUCCCUGUGCGUGGUGACAGGGCCUUUGCAGCUGGGGACCAGGUGAUGGACGGUCAGGGGCGGGGAGGGGCCUUGUCCGUGGGCAGGGAGCACAGGAAGUCGAUGUGGGCGAGAUAGGAAGAGCUGAGAGGCCGCAGAGGCGUUAAAUGGCUCCGACUGACUGGGCGGCCACACUCGGAUGGAAUUUACCCAUUUAGGAAGUUUCCCACUUCAGGACAGGACGUUUGUCGAACACCUGUUGUGUCCCAUGUGCUUUGUACAGUAGCAGGAUUAAUAAUCCUUGCAAUGGCCCCCACAUGUUAUUACUCUCUUCUUGAUGCAAGAGGGAGCACCCAAGGUUUACAGUGUGUUGUCCCACUUUGGCUUUCUGUUCUAAACAGUUACAGCUCCGGAAACUCAUGUUGAUAGCUAGAUGGACUAAGCAGCCACCCUCAUUCUAAAGCUGAGGAUAGAGGGUCUGAGGUGUGGACUGCGGAGACCCUGGGUAGCAGAGUUCUGCCUGCAGGGGGUCUCUGUCGGCCACCUCAGAAAACAGCUCCCACCGAGGUGAAGACCUUUCCAGCUCCGGGGUGUGGCUGUCCCCCGAAUGGAGCGUCUCUGUGCAGGGCACGCAAGGCCUCGGGGCAUGUGGAGUCCCCGGAACUGGAACGUGUGGGCAGCGUGGGUGACCUGUGCUUGCACAGGCCUCGUUGUGUCUGUCACCUGUUGGAUCACAGGCGCUCCGACCAGGUCUGCACACCAGGAAGCAAAGGAACAUGGCUCAUUCCCAGGGAAUCCAGGAGCGUGCAGAGACUCCUGAAGAAGCAUUCAGACUCCAGCUACAUAUUGGCUUUCUCCGUCCUCACUCCGCAGGCUUGAAGGACACCCUCUGCCCUCCUGGUUCCCAGGCAUUGGAACGAAGGCUAGAGCUUUGCUACCAGUUCUGCAGGUGUCCCGAGGACAGCUGCCGAUCUUCUUGGCAUUCCCGUCCGUCUCCACAAUUAUAGCCCCUUGACGCAGUUUGAAAGAACUUUGCUUCAUCAUGAACAUCGCUGAGGUCGGGAGGCAGAAGGGGAGGCCAGGUGCGCGCCUCCUCCCUGUCGUGCUGCUGCUGAGCACCGCGGUGCUGGUCCUCCCCGCUUUGGGGACUUCGAAGCAGGAUGUGCCCCGACUCAAGCUGACCUACCAGGAUUUGCUGCUUUCAAACAGCUGCAUGCCCUUCCUGGGCUCCUCGGAGGGCCUGGAUUUCCAGACUGUUCUGUUGGAUGAGGAGCAGGGCCGGCUGCUGCUAGGAGCCAAGGACCACGUCUUCCUGCUCAGCCUGGCCGACCUCAACCGCAACUUCAAGAAGAUCUAUUGGCCUGCUGCGAAAGAACGGGUGGAAUUAUGCAAACUGGCUGGGAAAGAUGCCAAUACAGAAUGUGCGAAUUUCAUCAGAGUGCUUCAACCCUACAACAAAACUCACACUUAUGUGUGUGGAACGGGAGCUUUUCACCCAGUGUGUGGCUACAUUGACCUUGGAGUCUCUAAGGAGGAAGUAGCGUUCAAACUGGACACCCAUAACCUGGAGUCGGGUAGGCUGAAGUGCCCCUUUGACCCUCAGCAGGCUUUUGCGUCUGUGAUGACAGGUGAGCACCUCUACUCGGGAACGGCGUCCGACUUCCUGGGCAAAGACCCUGCGUUCACGCGGUCCCUGGGACCCACGCAGGACCACUACAUCCGGACCGACAUUUCAGAGCACUACUGGCUCAACGGAGCAAAGUUUAUUGGAACUUUCCCUAUCCCAGACACCUACAAUCCAGACGAUGACAAAAUAUAUUUCUUCUUUCGUGAAUCAUCUCAAGAAGGCAGCACUUCUGACAAGGCCAUCCUCUCCAGAGUCGGGAGAGUUUGUAAGAAUGACGUGGGAGGACAGCGCAGCCUGAUAAACAAGUGGACCACCUUCCUGAAGGCCCGGCUGGUCUGCUCCAUUCCUGGGAGCGACGGGGCAGACACCCAUUUUGAUGAGCUGCAAGAUAUUUAUUUACUCCCUACAAGAGAUGAAAGAAAUCCUGUAGUAUAUGGAGUCUUUACCACAUCCAGCUCCGUGUUCAGAGGCUCGGCCGUGUGCGUGUACAGCAUGGCAGAUGUCAGGGCCGCCUUCAACGGGCCCUACGCCCACAAGGAGAGCGCGGACCACCGCUGGGUGCAGUACGACGGGCGCAUCCCGUACCCCCGGCCCGGCACGUGUCCCAGCAGAACCUAUGACCCACUGAUCAAGUCCACCAGAGACUUCCCCGACGAUGUGGUCAGCUUCAUCCGCAGACACCCGCUGAUGUACAAGGCCGUGUACCCAGCCGCAGGGGCACCGAGCUUCAAGCGGAUCAACGUGGACUACAGGCUCACACAGAUCGUGGUGGACCACGUGGUGGCUGAGGACGGGCAGUACGACGUCAUGUUCCUAGGGACAGACAUCGGAACUGUGCUCAAAGUGGUCAGCAUUUCCAAGGAGAAGUGGAGCAUGGAGGAAGUCGUGCUGGAGGAGCUGCAGGUCUUCAAGCACUCACGGAGCAUCUUGGCCAUGGAGCUGUCUCUGAAGCAGCAACAGCUGUACGUUGGUUCCCGAGACGGGUUGGUUCAGCUCUCCCUGCACAGAUGCGACACCUACGGGAAAGCGUGUGCGGACUGCUGCCUGGCCAGAGACCCUUACUGUGCCUGGGACGGACACGCCUGCUCUCGGUACGCGCCCACCUCCAAGAGGCGAGCGAGACGCCAAGAUGUGAAGUAUGGGGACCCGAUUACCCAGUGCUGGGACAUUGAGGACAGUAUUAGCCAUGAAGCUGCUGAUGAAAAGGUGAUUUUUGGCGUUGAGUUUAAUUCGACCUUCCUGGAAUGUGUUCCUAAAUCCCAACAAGCAUCGAUUAAGUGGUACAUCCAGCAGGCGGGCGAGGAGCAUCGUGAGGAGCAGCUGAAGCCAGACGAGCGCAUCAUCAAGACGGAGUACGGGCUCCUGAUCCGCAGCCUGCAGAGGAGGGACUCGGGCGUGUACUCCUGCAAGGCGCAGGAGCACAGCUUCGUGCACACGGUGGCCAGGCUCAGCCUGAACGUCAUCGAGAGCCAGCAGAUGGAGGGCAGCCAGAGGGCAGAGCGCGAGGAUGGCCCGGCCAAGGACCUGCUGGCCGAGUCGCAGCUGCGCUACAAAGACUACAUCCAGAUCCUCAGCAGCCCGAGCUUCAGCCUGGACCAGUACUGCGAGCAGAUGUGGCACCGGGAGAAGCGCAGGCAGCGGACCAAGGGCAGCCCCAAGUGGAAGCACAUGCACGAGCUGAAGAAGAAGCGCAACCGCAGGCACCACGGGGGCCGGGCGGGGCCGCUCGGGGCCGUGGCCCUGGCUACGUAGCUCUGCAGGCCCUUGGCAGAGAACUGCGUGCUGCAGGACGCCACCUUCCGCACUGCGUGUCCCACCCCCUUGUAAAUGCUUCCCCUGGGCUUUGCUGAGCGCAAGGACCACUGCCUGGGCAGGGGUCUGUGGCGAAUGGGGACCAGAGAGCAAGGGGCGGGGGGGGGGCGACCGACUGCCCGAACGGAGACUCGUGCCUGCAAAGCAUCAGCGCCACCCUCGGAGCAGGGCGUUGUCCUGUGAAUGUGCUCUGUUCUGGACUUUGAGCUCGGGAUGCCGAGUACAUAGUCAGCUGAAGAGGCCUUGGCCUGACACAGCUGAGGGGCAUUCUUCUUCCCUCGGAGGCCUCCGGUGUGCCGCUCACCGUGCAGCUGGGCUGUGUUCCUGUGAACAGAACGAUUGCUCCACACUAGAACCGCUGUCUGGGGCAGGAUCUGGAGGGCCCAGAGCUGCUCUCUCGGAGCCGAGCGUGGCGUGGGAACGUGGCUUGGGAACGUGGCGGUCCAGUGCUUCUUCCAGGCCGCCGGGUUCCAUUCAGCUCACAACUCUGAUUUACGGAAGGACACUAACACUCCUCCCGGGAUUCCUCAUGACUUGUAAGAAGAAACAGGUUCACAGACAGAAAUCCAGGCUCAGCUGUGGGUUUCUGGAAUAUAUGGUUAGAUCUAUAAGAACAGAAUGCUUGAUUCAUAUUUUAAUAAGAUAUGGGAAAAUAUUUUAAUGAGAUAAGAGAAAUAUCUUGAUGUAUGCUACAUCCUAAUGGGAUGACAUGCAGAGGCGAUAGAAGCAAAGACAGCCAUAAUCCUGGCUUUGGGGAAAACUCAGAUCCCCGUGAAACGGAAGAGCAACCCCAAGUAGAGUAGACAGGAUGUGAUGGGGCUCCUUUCACACCAAUAUAGGUAGCUGCCAAUUUGUAACUCAUCUGUUAAAAAAAUCUGUAUUAUGACAACCUGCUUGCAAAAGUCUGAAGAAAAGUAAAAAAAUGUAAGGACCAUGGGAGGGAUGAACAUAUUUUAUUUAUAACCAAUGGUCUUCCCUCCCUUCUAUGUAUGUACCUUUCUCUGUGUGUGAUUUCCAUUUGCUUCCUCUACUAUCUCAAUAGUGGAUUAUGGAUUACAUUAGAGUGAGGGAGAAGAUACCCCAUACAAUACACAGGAGCGGACUCAGUAGACAGCCUUGGUGGGAGCGGGGAUGGGUACUGCCCAGUAACAGAUCAAGUGCACGAUUUCAACCACAGGAAGGGUAAAAUUAACUCUCUCCUAUCCUUUUCUUCAUGCAACCUUUUGAAUUUCUGGAGUGAUGUGUUGUAAUUCGAGUAGCAGUUUAAGGGUAAAUCAAGCUCACCACAUGUAAAGAAAGCAGACUCCCACCAUGAACAUGAUGCCCUCCUACCUGUGAGCAUGUUCGUGUUUGCAGGUCCCCUUCCCUGAAUCCCUGUGCAGUGGUCCCUGUCUUUCGGGACAGGGCAAGGCUCAUCUUUCCUUCCACCCCUGACAGCCCCACCUCCUCUGUCCAACCUGUCCACACCCUGAAGUGUGAGAUGGAAAAUCAGUCACUUCCUCACACAGAAGGCAGCUCUUCAGAAAACCCAGCAAUGCUUUGCUGGGUUCUUCUGCCUCUCCACGUCUUGCAAGAACAUCCGUGUGAACCCUAGUGGAGACUCACUACAGCCUGGGAGUCUCCCCGCUCACAGUGCCAUCUGGGUUUGGCCUUCAUAUUCUUUGUGCUUUGCCUAUUUCAAAGUAGUCACCCUGGUCUGUGAGGUCCAGCAUCCUCUUUUUUAUUACACUCCUGAAUAUUGGUAGACAUUUCACUAUAAGGAGAAGUCAAGCUUCAACUGUAACAACAGUGAAGCAGAACAAACUUUAAAAAGUUUGCAAAAGAAGAGUGGUGGUGAGGUCAGACUCCUAACUGACACCGACACAUGGAGUGUCUGUGACCAUGGGGUGCUGCUAUGCAAUGUCCUGGAAGCGCAGAGCAGGCUCACAGCAGUAUGUGGGCCUGGGAUUGGUGUGUAUGAGAUUUGCACAUAUUUGUGUAGCAGGCACAGUGCCCAAAUGUGGAUGGCUUUGGAGAAAUUAUAACAUAAGAUUCAAACAUUAGGAUUGACCUUUGAAAAUAUAUUUUAUUCAAAUGUGAAUGUCCACAUCAUUUUUGAAUUACCACUCUUUAAACUUAGUUAUUCAGACAACAUUUUGGGACCUUAUUUUAUGUCUUUUAUCUAAGAAUCUGCUCUGAGUAUAAAGCUAUUAAUUUAUGGUAAAUACUUAAAAUAUAUUGGAAAUAUUAGUAUAAUACAAUUUCAUAUAACAAAAUGGGGACAAAGACUUAUAUGUAUUUUUAAAGUUAGAGGAUAUCUGAACUACAUUUAAUUUUUCAACUAAGCUGUUCCGAACACCUACAGCAAUUGUGUGAUUAUGUUCAAUCUACAGAAAUAAUAAAUACAUUCUCACCACUGAUCUUGCCAAACCUGUUUGAAAAUAAUGAAAAAUCAAAUUACAGUUAAUGCAGUCAUUUCCAGUAUUCUAACAAGUCAGCUCUCUGGGAAGAGGGUUUUCAAAUGCCUGGGUGUUGUAGUUUGUGUUUUUCUUUCUUGCCUUCCACGUGUAGGUCUUUGCCUCCCUCCUGGUUCCCUCCGCAUGGCAUUCCAGUGCCUGAUGCUGCUGACCAGAAUCCUGGCCAUCUGCAUUCAUUUACAUCCACUUCAUUGGCAAUUUUGAGAGUUUCUUUAGAAAUAGAUGUUUUAAUUAAUUUAUGUAGAAGUUUUUCUUUCCCAAAAAGCUCAGAAUAUUACAUUCACAUGAUUCCACAAAAAUUACACAAAAUUAAAUUAUUUAAGAAAUGUAAAAUAGUUGUGAAAUAUUUAGUAAUUUGCAAAAGCCAUAAAAAUAGUAGAAGUAUAAUUCAGUCUCAUGAUUCUGUUGAUUAAUGCUCAUUUAUAAUAUGCUGGCCACAAGAUGUUUUUAUUUUUGAAUUUUUCUUUGACCUAUAUUUGGUUCUUCAUAUGGUAUUAUGCUUUAUUCUUGAUGAGUUGAGUGGACUGAACUAAAAGAUAAGCUAACUGACUCAGUGCCUAUUUUUCAAAAUUACUAAAAUUGAACUUCUAGGGGCAACUUGGUAUCAUUCAUGUUUCUACAAAAUAAUAAAGUUAAGCAGGAUCAUUCAUUAAACUCUGUUUUUUGCCAAAGUUAAAUAUAUUUCAUAUGUAUCAUUAAAACAAAUGUAAAUCAAAACUGACAUCCCCUCUUUUUAAAUGUCACAUUUGUCUCAGAGAAUAGGCUUCCUUUAUUUGGCCUUACAGCUAGUGUAGAAAAAAAGAUAUUUGCAAUGAUUUUUAUAGAAAGGUAUAUUUUUCUCAGUGUGAUAAGAACAUUUAAAUAACUCCACUUACAGGUGAGGUUAAAGAACUGAAGUCUAAAAGCCCGGUUUCUACACAUGGGAAGUGCAGACAGGAGUGCUCAGGGGACUGAUGCCUCUCAUUUAAAUAUUUUGUAGUAUAAAGUAUUUAUGGAAGGUUUGAGGUAGAUGAUUUGGGGGGAAGGGCAAAAAUCUGUCAGAAGCCAUAAUCAUGUAAUUUAAUCCUACUUGUGAGUGGUUAGCAAUCACUUUUGAAUUUAUAGUUUUACUAUUUCAAAAGAAAUGUAGUCUUAUAGUAUUAAAUAAUUAAAAGUUGUGAAAUGUAUAUUUUGGUUGUAUUCUAAUAAAACACCAACAUUC